GCAUGUAGGCGGAUUAAUCUGUAGUCGAAGGCAACCAAGGAAAUGGAUAUCGGAAUGGCCUGUAGUGGGAGUAAAUUGUGAUCACAGUGUCGAUUUCUUCGAAGUAGCAUGCAAAAAUCGAUAGUAAUAUAUGAACUUUAUGUUUAUAGGUGAGCAGCCAACGACUGAUCAUAUUCAUGAAGGCCUAAUGUUAAAGUGGUGAUAAUAGUGUAAUUGAAAGAAAUAGGACCAUACUAUUGAAAGGACUGAACAUGGAGGCUAUUGCGAAGCAUGACUUCAAUGCUACAGCAGAUGAUGAACUUAGUUUUAGGAAGAACCAGGUGCUAAAGAUAUUAAAUAUGGAAGAUGAUAUGAAUUGGUACAGAGCAGAGUUAGAUGGUAGAGAAGGUUUAAUACCUAGUAACUACAUAGAGAUGAAGAGUCAUGACUGGUAUUAUGGUAGAAUCACAAGAGCAGAUGCAGAAAAGUUGCUAUUAAACAAACAUGAAGGAGCAUUUCUAAUACGAGUUAGUGAGAGUUCGCCUGGAGACUUCUCUCUCUCUGUAAAAUGCUCGGAUGGUGUGCAACAUUUUAAGGUUCUUCGUGAUGCACAAGGAAAAUUCUUCCUGUGGGUUGUUAAAUUUAACAGCUUGAACGAGUUAGUAGAAUAUCAUCGGACAGCUUCAGUUUCAAGGUCGCAGGAUGUGAAGCUUAGAGAUAUGGUUCCUGAAGAGUGCUUGGUUCAGGCUCUUUAUGACUUCACACCACAGGAGCCAGGGGAAUUGGAGUUCCGAAGAGGCGACGUGAUAACGGUUAAGGAGCGUACAGAUCAGCACUGGUGGCACGGAGAAAUUGGCUCCCGUACAGGAUUAUUCCCAGCCACUUAUGUCACUCCAUACCAUGCUUAAGAAUGUGAACCAUUAUGUUGCUCAUAAACUGUAAGUGGAACAUCUUGGAAAAGAAAUUGAUCGGUAGAAUAUGAUCCCCAUUGAAAUAAUGUCAUAUGAUAUCCGUCUUCUCGAGAUGCACCGUGUUCCAAGAGACUUAAUAUGCUAUAAAACACCAUGCAGAUUAUCAUUGUGCAGUUUAGUGUUCUCUGCAUCCUCUUAAAAAGAAAUUCACAGGAGUAAUAGAUUGUCUGAACUACAUCCCUGACAUUAAAACAAGACUUUGUUACUUUAAUAUGUGUUAAGGAAAUGUAGUUUAAUCUUUAUUGUUAAAAAAUUAAAGGAAUAAUUUUAGGAAGAUUUUAUCUGUGUUUAUUACCUGUUUGAUUAGUUAUAGGUCAUACUUUCUUGACAUUCAGGGAUGCCAUAUUGCAUUAUGAUCCAGCUCCAGUAAUGGAUGCUUGGUGAAACUGAAAAAUUAAUACACAUAUAUCAGUUUUAAUUCUUGAUCACGACAGUUAUAAGAUGUAAUGGGUUUUGCAUUUAGCGGACAUGAGUUUAUGUAGAAGGGACUGGUUAUAGACUAAAAGUUUGCAUUUUGCUGUUAUAAUGAAUAUACACAGUACUUAGAUUGAUUUUUUUUGCCCAGUUUACCAGUUUGCAAGGUUUGAUUUACAGUAUUAUGAUGAUGGUUGUACUGGACACAGUUCUUUCUCCCUUCAUUUUCAUAUUUCAUCUCUAAAAUUACUGAACAGGUUUUUAUAACAUACUGGGGGGGUUUAUGCUAAAGGUUUGUGAGUGAAUUUAGCAAUAAAACUAUUGAAUUCAUAAAAAAAUUACCGACUACGCAGUGCUGUCUGUCAUCAGCGGCAGAUUUGCGUUUACAGUAAAUAAAUAACAAGACCAGUGAGAGGUGCAAAAUUGCAUACACUUCUGGAAAAUAUGAACCUCUCAACUACUGAUAUGCAGAGUGGAAAUGUGACUGUAUGAUAAAUGGAUUUUUUAGCAUAAUUUUGUGGAUUUGUCGCAAGACUUGAUGUGCCACAUUUAGUCUUGCACUUGGCUUAAUGCAUAUUAGAAAUGACAGUUUGUUAUUACUUGUAGAUGUGCGUAAUAUUUCCUUUUCGUAAACGAUAUAAUUAUAGCUUUUGAAAUGCCUGUUGGCUCCUUUAAAAUCCUUCCAUGAUAAACAAUGAAUUGUAAGAUUGUGACCAGUGUCUUUUCAGUUCUUACUUGUACACAGAUCUUUGGACCAGCACAGGACCGUCUCAGAUUUGUUCAGUUUUAUAUAGUUGAAAGAUAGUUGGAAGGAUGCUUUAGUCUGAAAGAUAUUUGGUGAACUCGCAUGUGCCCAAUUGUGAAGAAUAGUAAUUUAAGAAACUCAUGUAUUCAUGUACAUUUUAAGUAGUAAAAGAUGAAAGGUCAUGAAAAUAACACUUUCUACAAGCAUUGUACUUGCUGGAGAAUUUGUAGUCACUUCAUAAACUGUAAUUUUUAUUCAAUUCUAAAGGAUUUUGACGACGGUAGUUUACACUUAAAAUUAUUUUUUGUCAGGACUUUUUCCGUUGUCUGUUAUUUAAUAUGGUUUAGUGGAUACCGAUAACUGUCUGCAACACUUGUCCUAAGUUACCCGGUAGACUCUUAUCUCUCAAUAAGGACACCAGUAACAGGUCCUUUCCUGCUUAUAGGACGCCGGCGGUAGGUUCAUAUUCUCCUGUACAGAGGACAGUAGUGGAUUCUCUGGUGUUUUUAUGAUGUUUGGGUUUUAAUGUCCUUUGAUGACUUGGAUGCCAACAUUAUUAGCAGGGAUUUUAUGUCAAUUUUUAUGUUGCUUCAGAACUGGCGCUUACAGAGCUGUAUGAGCAGUCUUAUAAUUUUUAUAUUAUCAUUUAAGUAUUAUAAUCCACUGACAGAAGCCAUACUCGGGUGGAUAAGUUGAAAUAACUGCACAAAUUAAAUUGUCCAGUGACAGAGACUAGCUCUUUCUAAGGGACCCAACAGAGUAGGUACCUCUCACCUGAAGAUGGAGGCAGAACCAGCCUCCAAAAUGUGUGAAUUUUAAGAAUUUUAAAUAACAGAUGAUGGAAAAAGUCCUGACAACAAAUAAUUUUAAGUGUAAUUUUUAUAUACAUUGCUUAAGUGUAAAAUAAGUGAAGAAAAUUGAUUGUAUUAAACAUCAUGAAUAUGAUACACAUCUGUGGUAAGUUGCCACUAUAAAUAUUUCACAAGUGGAGCAAUAAAUGUAUCUUGUUUUUUCACUUCAAGAUGCUUAUUUUUGGAAGAGGAAAGAAUUGAAAUGUAUCUUCUUUUUUCUCUUGAUUCAUUAUCAUUGUUUACAGAAGCAGUGUUUGAUCAUGCAUGUGACAUAGAAUGAGCUGUUUAACAAAGUCCUUGCUCUUUCCAGUUUUGUAAAGUUAGAUUUUUGUAGUUAGCUUGUUUUGCUUUUAAUUUUUAUAAAUUCACUUGUUACAUACAAACUAAUGAGAUGUAUAAUUUUGAUUGUGUUAGUUUUAAGUCUGUAUAUAUUUUCUUUUUGCUGUUCUUGUUUUAGCAUUUGUAAAGCAGAAUGAACAGGAUUCCUGUAAGAAUUUAUAACAACAUAUUUUCAUUUCCUGGAUUAGUAGAUUUCGUUUUCGGCAGGGGUUCUUAGCCUUUUUGAGAAUAAGGGCCAAAUUCACUUAUUGAAUCACAGGCCACAUGUUUAUAAAUAAGGACAAUUUAUCAAAAUAUUAUGGUCAUUAACAUUGUUACUGACUUGCUAUUGUAAACAGGUUCACAUGUCACUCAGUAAUUUUAUUUUGUCUUUUGUGUGACAUCUGAUGCUGUAUUUGUUACAUAAUCUUUCAAUAUCUGUUUUAGGUACUGUUGCUGGGAUUCAUAUAGAUCCCUCCAAGUUUAUGUCAGAAAGAUGCAUCCUAGUUCUGAGUACAAUAUUAGGACAUAUUCUCUGAUAUCAUAAUCAAGGUUAACACAGUAGGUCAUAAGAAAUGUGUGUGGGCCACAACAACUCAUCGGAGGACCACAGGCUGAGAGCUGCUGAUUUUCUAGAUUGCUUAGGACAAAUUACAGUAACAAUUCAUAUGCCCUGCAGUUUUAUUAGUAUUGUAUUUUAUUUGUACUUUGUAGAGUUGUCUCAUGUAAAGUAUAGUACAUGUACAGCUGUACACAAUGAUUGAAACAAACUGGCAAGAUGCCAGACUAAUAGAACUGCAGUUGCGUGUUAUAUUUUGUACCUCAGAUUUUUAAUCUAGGACCAGCAUGGCAUAUCUACAAUUUCAGUACUUCUCAGGAAGCAAGGAAAACUGAUUUGUUUUGUUUUUUUCAAUAAAUUCAUGAGAGGACUUUAAUGCCCCUGUAUUUUCAUCAUCUUUUGCAUGCCCUUGGAAUCUGAGAAAUUUUUUGAAGUUAUUUAAGUAAAGGUAAAUUAAUUUGUUAGAAAUAAUUCUUAUAGAUUUGUUAGCUGUAAUAGUUACGCAAUUAAAACAGUGUGAGCUAACUUCAAUUUUUGCAGUAUGUGCUAGAAGCUUACAUGGAUUGAAAAAAUAUGUAAAUAUAAGUACUGCCAGAUAUUGAUCAUCGGUUCAUGGCAGCUUUCACAUGAGCAUAUGCUUUGUGAAAUUUGCCAUUAGCCCUAUCAGUUUGUUCCUGUCAAGUGACUGAAUUUUAAAGCCUUUAUGAACAAAACAGGUAAAAUAAUUAAAUAAAAUGAAAUUGAAAAUUACAAAAGUCACAAUUCUGUUUCCAAAAGGUCCAGUGUCAUGUGAGAAGCUGAAUUAAAGUAGGUUCCUUGUAGAAAGAAGUAUUUAAUCUCUAUCAAGCAUGCAUAACGCUAUUGGUCUGUUCCAGCCGGAUGGGUGUCAUAGUUAGCGUACCACUGAAGUAACCUUUUAUUCCAAGCCAGUUUAUGAUAAUGGAAUUUUGUUCACUGCUUUGUACUGACUUCUGUUAUACUUUAUUGCUGUGAGUUAUUUACAAUUAUUGACUCUAUGGAUGGCACUGUUAAUGAGAAGGCAUAAUUUUUCAGUCAUGUGGUAAAGGUGGUCUGAAGCCAGCCGAGAUACUAAAGAGAUGCAGAAACAAAUAGUACACCACUGUUGUGUUGAUGAUGAGGGGGUUUGGCUGGGGGGGUUCCAUAGAUCAGCUCUCUAUUAGAAGUGAAAAUGGCUUGUGCUUUCUAGUCAGAAAGGUUGGAAAACUGUUUUUCUGUCAACAAAAUAUAAUUUUCUUCCUAUCGAAAUGUUGCAGAUUUAUAUCCGAGAAUUUAAAUCUGGUCACUAAUCCCAUAAUAUGAUGUUUAAAUAUCCUAUUUCUGUAUGAUAAAGGUUAGUGGCAUAUUUUGUUAUUCAUACAGUGCAGUGCAAUUUAUGUUAAUACACUACAGAUAAUUAUUAUAAAGAUGCUGUCAUUGCUAUUCAUCACAGCCACUGGGAUAGUUAUCUCCAAAACUAUUAAUGGUGAUGGAAUUUAAUAUUGGGGGAUCUGUUUUAAACAUUCUAAAUCAGUCUUAACUCCUUGGGGUUCUAACAGUUAUGCUCCAGGGAUUGGGAUUAGACCCUUCUAUCAGAUGUGGCAGAAUAGGUAUUUUUACCUGAACAUGAAAGUGGAGCCAGCUCCCAAAAUGUUAUGGUCUUGUCUAAAAUAUUAUAUUCUUUGUCAAAUUUAACUUCUCUCAGUCCAGUAUAAACCCUGCUAUAUAUGAAACUGAAAUGACUUCAUCAUUGUUCUCAAAAAUCAAAUGACUACAUAAUAAAAUAGAGACUCUUUUAAACACAUGAUUUUUAUUUUGGAUAUAUUAUUUAUAUGGUGUAUUUUUAAUGAUAUAUAAGGAAGGAAUUACGUGAACAAAUUUUUACAUGUAGUGUUUUAAGCUUUACAACAGGAUAUAUGGGUCUGCAAUAAACAAAUUUAAGGCCAGUGUAUUGUGAGAAAUAAUAUGUUCUUAAAACUGUAUGUACUCUAAAUGUUAGUAUUCCUUUCCAUUAUUUUUAUUUUUGCAAAUCUUGGUAAAUGAGUUCUGAGAAAAGUGUUCAGUCCAUACACUCUAAUUUACUUUAUUUUUUUGCAUUUACACAAUAAUUUGAAGUAGGCCUACUUUUAGAAUUGAGGUUAAGUAUGUGUGGAGCAAAACCUUCACUCCCUCAUAUGUAUGCAUGGUGUAAUGCUUACACACUAGGGACAACUUAACCUUACUUUCACCUACUGUUAACCAAGGUUGUGUGUUCUGAAACACUGGCCUAUAUGCAGCACAGUGACAUGAAGAACUACCUACCUAACAUUGUGGUAGCAGAACAUGGGUUCAACACCUCUGAUACAAAGUCCAUUAUUGGACAUGUUCCUGAACCACAUCUCGUCACCUCCCAUGCUCACAACUUUAUCUUUUAAAGGAAGAGAUUAUUUCUUUGUUUGGUUAUGUAUGCAGAUGUUUGUACCAGGUUUAUUGUUGGUUUAGUUAAUAUCCCCAGACCAAAAUGUAAUUGUAUGAUGAAUUUUUGGUAUUUAUGUGCAGGAACAAUUUGCUUGUUUGCACAGACUUAAUAUUUGUGACAAAUGGGUGUACUGAUUAAGUGAAAGAGACUGUAGGCUGAAUCAGCAAUCUUAUAUAUUGCAAGACAGGACUGAGGUCUGAAUCCAGUACAACUAAGAAUUAAGAUAACCCUUUCAAAUGAGACUUAAGAUAGAAAAUAAUGAAAGAUUUAUUUUUGUGAAUGAUUGAGUAUUUACAGUUGCCUUAAGCUCUUAGUUAAUCUUGUCCAUUUUACUGCCAUUGCUUUAGAACUGUUUUAAGAGGGAUCCAGGUGAUCACCUUUUACUUUGUAUGUAAUACACAAUACAUAUUCCUUUACAAUAAUUUACUUCACUUUUUCCAGACAAUUGUAUUAUAAUUAAGUGUUCUAACUGCAAUUUCAUAUAAUAUACAAUACAGUAGUAAUA